AUGGAACAGACCUUAUCGGACCAAGUGGCACUGGUAACCGGAGCUAAUCGGGGUAUCGGCCGUCAAAUAUCGAUCAGCCUUGCUACCGCGGGCGCAACCGUUGUGGCCUCCGCCAGGAACCCUGCAACCCUAGAUUCUGUUGCGCAAGAGAUCGAUCAGCUGGGUGGCCAAUGUACUUGCGUCCAACUGGAUGUGACAGAGGAAAGCAUGACCAGCUCUGUAGUUGAGGAGAUUGUUGCACAACAUGGACAGCUCAACCUGCUCGUCAAUAACGCAGGCAUCGGUGCGGGCUCACAAUACCCAUGGGAUCUGCCGGUAGACGAAUGGUGGGCCGUACAGGAAGUAAACGUCCGUGGCGCCUACCUCUGCAGCCAGGCAGCCAUGCGUCAGAUGGUAAAACAGAAAUCCGGCCGGAUCAUAGAUGUUGGCAGUCUUAUAGGCGCAAAUCCCAACCCCAAUGCUGCCCCCUACGCGGUCAGCAAGGCAGCUUUGUUCAGAUGGAAUUCGUGUUUAGCCGAUGCUGCAAAAGAAUUCGGCGUGUCGGUUUUUAUUAUCAGCCCCGGCCUUGUUGCCACGGACAUGACCGACCAACCUCAAUUCGCCGAUAUUCCAGAUGAUCAAUGGGUGCCCAUCGAGAAGAGUGGUGAACUGGUUGUCGCCCUGGCUAGCGGCAAAGCUGACAAACUUGCAGGACGGUUUAUUCAUGCACUCGAUGAUCUGGAUGAGUUAAUCGCCAAUGCUGAAGAGAUCACCAGUAAAAACCUGCAGGCGCUCACGCUCAAUAUGUACAACCCAUUGCUCUGA